AAGUUUGCAGAGCGCAGUUGUCCGGCAGCCAGUCUAGUGUGCUGUUUGCAAAUAUCCUGAGCUGAGCGCUGCGAAGGGAGAGGGGAGAAGGAAGUGGAGCACUGACGGACGGACUGCUGCUACAAACAAACCUUCGUUUGCAUCGCAGAGGGGAUCGUUCUUUAUUCCUUUCACAGACAUUUUUUAUUUAAAACGCGGGUGUUUAGAUUGUUUUAUUAUUAUUAUUAUUUUCCCACCCCCUCCAGACAAUUAAGUUCGGGGAAGAAAAAUGGAUGUUUUACCGAUGUGUAGUAUUUUUCAAGAACUUCAAAUAGUUCACGACACGGGCUAUUUCUCAGCCUUACCAUCUCUGGAGGAGUACUGGCAGCAGACUUGCUUGGAGUUGGAGCGCUACCUACAGAGCGAGCCGUACGUUUCCACGUCCGAGCUGAAGUUCGGCUGCCAGGAGGACCUCUGGAGCAAGCUGAUCCUGGCCUGCGGGGACAAGGCCAAGGCCGACCCGAACCUGGCCCUGGCGCCUGCCCACGACGAGGACAAUCAGGACGGCCAGAUCUUGGACAGCAACAGCGUCAACUCUGACGCCAGCAGCGAGGCUUCGGACAGUUUCGAGGAGCUCUCCCCCACGCACAGCUUUACCUCCAACCCGUUGGGGUCGGCGUUGGUUGGCUCCGGACCUUUUAGCCCCUCCGUCAUCAGCACGCCGCCGUCCUCGCCGGAGGCCGCCGUGGGCACGGCCGCCGCCGUCAACGGCUGGGUGGCGACGCACGCCGGGCUGAACCUGCCCGUCAAAAUCAGGACCGCCGGCGGCGGUGGUGGUGGUGGCGUGGGAGUAGGAGGGGCAGCAGUGGCGAAGGCCGCGGAAAAGACUGGACUCCUCUGCGGGGACGCGUCCCCGGACGCCCGGAGGCGGGUACACAGGUGUCACUUCAACGGCUGUCGCAAGGUUUACACGAAGAGCUCGCAUCUGAAGGCACACCAGCGCACUCACACAGGUGAGAAACCGUACAGGUGUUCAUGGGAGGGCUGCGAGUGGCGCUUUGCACGGAGUGACGAGCUGACCAGACAUUUCAGGAAGCACACAGGGGCCAAGCCAUUCAAAUGCAAUCACUGUGACAGAUGUUUCUCCAGGUCCGACCACCUGGCCCUUCACAUGAAGAGGCACGUCUAACGCAGGGCCAGCGUCAUCCGGGCAACGCACCGAAGGGGAAAUCCUCUUAAAUUUUCUCUCUCAAACUUUUUUUUUUCUUUUUCUUUUUUUUUUUUUUUUUUCUUGGUGGAGAGAGAGAAAAAAAUAAAAUCCAAACACACGCCAUCUCCCGACUGGCCUCUUGGUUGAACUGUCCCAGAGAGCAGAGCGGCGAGGGCGACGGGGGCGGGAGGAGGAGGCGUGUCCCAGCCAAAGCAUGCCGUUUUGCACCGUACCGAAAUAACCCAGUGCCUCCGGGACCUCACUUUGUUUAUUCUUUUUUUGUUUUUUCGAGACGGGCGCUCUGAUGGUUUUCUGUUGCAACAAGAUGACAAAAUCGCGGACGCGAGUGGGAAGGAAAUGUUUUCCAUCGAGGACUUUAAAAAAAGACGGUGGGGGCGGGGAGAAAAAAAAAACUAACAAAAAAUGCUUAGAAAAAAAAAAAAAAAGGCGAGUGAAUGAAUCGUAUGUAUGGUGCAUGAUGUUUGGGGGGGGAACGUCUCCCCGGACAGCAGAUACACUGGUACUUUACAAACCUGUCUGAGGUUAGCAUGUCUGCACUGUGAAUGUCUGAGAUUGGCUGACCGGCCCAGGAUGAGGAUUAAAGAGGAGACGGAUUGGUGCGGGGCUGGUACCAAUGUUGCUGUGGACUGAAUGAGAUUUUGUGGCGGAGGCAGGCUGGGGGUGCGGGGGGCAAGGGGGAGACAUUCCUGCUGUUUCCCCAGGUGGCAGCGUAAGGAUGAGGCCAGGUUACGCCUGCCUCGGCUGUCUGACUCCCAGAUGAGGGGAUGAGGGGGGGGUUCGGAUCAGCUUUGGAUCCGACCGGAAAAUAGGCAUGAAGCCUUCUGCUCUGUGCCUCCACCCCCUCUUCCGUGAAUGACAGAAACCUUGUUUUGAUGGUUUUUCUUUUUACUUUUUUUUUUUUUUUUUUUUUUUUUUUUUUGGUGCAGCUACUAAAUGUGCAAUGUGUUAUGUAGCCUGGUUUCUUAAUUUUUCUACAAGCUACAAAACCCAUUUGUAGUACCGACUGUAUGAGCUGUGUGCUUAGAGGUAAUAACACAACUAUACUAUUAACUUCAGUAUCAUAGACAGGUGUUGCAUGGUUCUAGGGAUUGUUUCCAUUUCCAGUUUCCCACUGUAAUCAGGACUGCAAAUAGUUUCAAGAAAAGUGCAGCUAAAACGCAAACGGUUAGAUGUUACAAUAUUGUACAUAAAGGCCUCGACAAUUCCUCCUUUUGGUUUUUUUUUUGUUUGUUUAUUUUUAGUGGAGAUGCACCGAUCUGGCUUGACUGGCCCUUGCUGAUAUUUUUAUAUUUUUUAUCAAACACAAAUGAAGGAAUAACUUGUCCCCCUUUGUGCAUCUAGGUACAUGUCUUCAACAUUUACCAGAUUCCUAUAAAUUAGCUUUUUUAAUCAUUGUUAAACAAAAAAGGGAUCAAGUACCUCCUGUUAGCUGAAAAAUUUGGGGACUUUUCAUUUUUGAUGCACUUAACGCAAGAAAAAAAAAUAUUUUUUUUCUCAGUAUGUUACCAUCCAGAUCAGGGGGGAAAAAAAUCGGCCAAUUCCAACAUCUGGCUGGUUGAUCGGUUCAUCUCUACUUUCACCCUUUUUUUAAAGUUUCCUCUUCAUUGUGGUUUUCCAUCUGCCUGGAGAUUUCACUGCUGCUCAUAUCCAUCUGAUGCCUCAGAGACUCAUUUCUGCAUAGUAUUUCUUCUUUUGUUUAUGAAUGUGUGUGUGCGUACACUCUCUUUCUUUCUAUCUAAUAAUGCACUGUUGACCUUAAUGGUGCCUUAUGCAAGUGGCCCCCCAUCCGGGGAUGUCGCGUUUGUCGACUAGGUGAUUUAUUAUUUAAAAUAUUUGUAAUUUUUGUUUUUCAAGCUCUAUCAAGGCUCAAAUUACAAAACGGUUGCAAUAGUUACAUUUUCUCCAUGACUAAUUGAGCUGUUGCAUUUGUAAGUCUUUCACACAGAGUACCUGUUAUCAGUUUGUGUUAGUGUUUUUUUGUUUUUAUUAUGAGACGGAGCAGCAGAUUAGCUGUUGCUUAUCACAUUUAAGUUAUGUUGUAAAUAAGACGAUGCCGUACCCUGGGAGCACUUAAAUUCAUUUAUUAAAGGCGUUGACUACUGUGUAGUAUGAACUCGAGUCCAUCUCGCACAGCACAAAGGUACAAAGUGAUUAAGAUGUCGAAAUGGGAAAAAAAUAAAUAAAUGAAAAAACAACAGCUCUGUUUCGAACGUGUCCCUGAGAUUCCGACCGUAUGACGGCAUCAGACACUCGCAACAAAAAUGCGACUUUCUUUUCCGCAGAAAGUGACGAAGCAAUCGUCAGUGCUCGGCAACAGCUGGGGGAGGGUUGUCGUUUCCCCAGAAAAGGCUUUCUGAAACUUUAGCUUUAGCGUAGCUUGAACUCGGUUACCCCUCCACUCCUCUGUCAGUUCUUCCAUCGCAUCCAAGUGGGACUGAAGGAGGGGGGAAAAAAAAUAAAAAAGCUAAAGAUUUAUUGUAAUUAACAGGCUGCAGUCGGACAGGCCUCGCCUUGUACUGCCUCUCGGUAAUGAAUUGCUAAAGGCUUUGUUGGCAUGGAAUCUGUCACAGACUGCUGACUGUGUAUGUUGGUUAUUGACCUGUCUGGAGCGCGUUGUUUCAGCCAAAGCUGCAACAGUAAUACAGGGGAAAUGAAGGGGGGGGUGCAUGAGGAAAUUAGGCAAAAAGAAAAAACAUUAACGAUUGACACUGGGGCGAAAAGAUGAAA